UUUGUCCUUUUCACUCGCGCUAUGUUCACCGGCUCUUUCCCAUUCAAGAUGUCGGCGACGUCGAUGUUCCCCAUGUGUGUCCGGGCGAGUAGGGGCCUCCUCACGCUCAGGAACUGGAGCAGACGUGGUUCAACCCCUGCAGUGGUGGACUUGAUUCGGGCACUUUCUACGGAGAAGACAACAGGAGAGGGCAGUGCUACAGGUGGACUCGCUCAAUCAAUCUUGCAAGAGAGGCUUAAGCAGCAACAUAAUAGUCAGGGCCAGCCCCCUCCAGAAGGGGAUGGGGACUCAGAGCAGAAGCAGGACCAGGGAGAGGACAAGAAACAGAAGGAGAACACAGCCUAUGCCAAGAAGAUGGUGAUGCGGUUAGCAGGCCUGAUGGGGAUAGGGGGUGCGGUCGGCAUGGUGUACGUAUUCGGUAGCAAUUCAGUGGAUGAACAAGGAAACACGAUUCCAGAUGAGUUUGAUAACGAUGCACCGGUUAUCCAGCAGUUGAGAAGGACGUUGAAGUAUUUCCAAGACUACAGACAGAUGAUAAUUGAGCCCACGAGCCCCAAGCUGCUUCCUGACCCCCUGAGGGAGCCCUACUACCAGCCUCCCUACACCCUGGUCCUGGAGCUCACAGACGUCCUGCUGCACCCCGAGUGGUCGCUGGCUACAGGCUGGCGCUUCAAGAAGAGGCCAGGCAUCGACUACCUGUUCCAGCAGCUAGCCCCUCUCUACGAGAUCGUCAUCUUCACUGCAGAAACAGGCAUGACGGCGUACCCUCUGAUUGACAGCAUCGACCCCCAGGGCUUUGUCAUGUACCGCCUCUUCAGGGACGCCACACGUUACGUGGAGGGACAUCACGUCAAGGACGUGUCGUGUCUGAACCGGGACACCUCCAAGGUGAUAGUGGUGGACUGUAAGAGGGAAGCCUUCAGCCUGCAGCCUUUCAACGGCAUGGCUCUGACGAAAUGGGACGGCAACUCAGAGGACCGAACACUCUACGACCUAGCUCAUUUUCUCAAGACCAUUGCUCUCAGUGGAGUGGAUGACGUCCGCUCUGUCCUGGAGAACUAUGCACUGGAAGAUGACCCUGUAGAGGCCUUCAAACGCAGACAAGCGCAGCUAGCACAGGAGGAGGAGCAGAGGUUGGCAGAGCUGACCAAGCAGAAGAAGCAGGGCAUGUCCUUUGGCUCCAUUGCCGGAAGGUUCUGGCGUUCCAAACAAGAGUGAGUGGCCCUCUCACUCGCACCCACCAAUCGCAGCACACCCCUCCACAGUGUCAGGCCAAAAGGAUGGCGGGCCACAGUCACUCGGUGGGGUGGGCGGCGGGUGUCUCUGGACACGUGGGGGAGGAAACAACAAGGAGGAGAGGCCAUCCAAUCAGCUGGACUUUUGACUGUCGCAAGCAUGUCUUUGGGGGGGGGGGCAAGGCUCCAAAAGAACAUCCUGGUACCUCUGUCGCCAGCGACAUCACUUCCUGGAUCUCAGAUGCUCUGGUGUGAGUGGUUAGACAUUAUUGAUUGAACCAUUUCAGUCCACAUUAGUUCAUCAACUUCUACCCACCAGCCGGUCAUACAGGGAACAGACCAGAGAACAGUGCUCUUAUCUGCAACUUCCAUGUACUUGGAUUUGGUGCUCUGGGAGUUUGAUCAGCUUUGAACAACAGUGAAUUAUUGGUUUUGCUUUGUGCAUAUCUAAGACUGAGCUGGUCAGGGUAAAGGAUAUUAAUGUUGCACUCUGAGACUCUCUAAGCUUCUCUCCACCAAUGAGAAGUCAUGCCUUGGACAGGUACUGCCGAUGCCAACGGGACUGUGUGCAACAGAGGCUUGAGCUUGUGCUGUAGGAAUGAGAGGGAGAUGCAUUUUCAGCAAAUCAAGCCAAGCCAAGGCAAGCCAUGUGAAAUUGGGCUGAUGCCAGACACUGAGUGAAAAUGGAACGACACGUCUGAAUAUAUGCUUGUUGAAUGUUCUAUUAGAUUCAGUUUGUGAUCCAUUCACAAAGUCCCAAAUUAAAUAAAAUAAUAAUAAAUCUAGCAUCUUGUGUGAUUUGGCACAAACGAACAUGUCAUGUGAACUACGUCAGUCAGGUGUUUUCAUGGCAAUGUGUUGAAUAUCCUCUAAAUACCCUGGAAUCUAUACUGAACAAAAAUAUAAACACAACAUGUAAAGUGUUGGUUUCAUGAGCUGAAAUAAAAGAUCCAAGAAAUGUUC